AUGUCUCUCCGCAAGUCGUUGCUAGCCUUGACGUGGAUCCCCGUGGUCUACACCUUUACCAAUCACGUGUACCAGCCGUACCAGAUCCGAGGCAGCUCCAUGAGUCCCACCUUCAACCCUGGCACCGACUCCACCACCAAGGACAUUGUGCUCGUCAGCAAGCUCAAAGUGAAGGAAACCUCGUUCACUAGGGGCGACGUGAUCAUGUUCCGGUCCCCAGAGAACCCCGAGAAGAUCCUCACCAAGCGGGUGGUGGGGUUGCAGGGAGAUCGAGUGAGGCCUAAGAGCCCCUACCCGAAAGCGCAGACAGUGGUGCCUCGCAACCACUUAUGGGUGGAGGGAGACAAUGCGUUCCAUUCCAUCGACUCCAACAACUUUGGACCCGUGAGCCAGGGCUUGGUAGUGGGCAAGGUGGUGACCAUAUUGUGGCCAUUGAGCCGGUUCGGAAAAGAUAUACUGGGAGGACGAGAUGCGAGAGAGUUGGAUCCGAAGGAUAUGCUGGUCAAGCUGAUCGGGGAAAUAUAG